AUGCCUAGUGGUCGACCAAAUGGAGGUGCAGAGAGAAGAGCGCCAGUAUGUGGUGACAAGAUGUGGAAAUGCUAUCCUCCAAAUGUGGAUGAAGAGGAGGUUGUUACGCCUACUUUCGGUGUAUGUGAUGAUAUUGAAAGUGCUAGGCCUUUGGUGACGUAUGGCUUCUGA